CAAAUCGAAGAGUCCCUAUUCAUAAAUCGACGUCGUCCGCGGAUAUGAUAGGAAGAAAUUAGUCGGUUAUUUCAGCAGUGCAAGAGAGCGAAAAGAAGAAAAAAGCUCAGCUCAAGCGAUAGAUUAUCUCUAAUUAAUUAGAAGAUUUUCCUGAAAUUCUUGUCUCCUGAUACAUUCUUCCCCGUAUUUUGUAAAUAUUUUGCGAUGGGUUACUCCAACAAACUCACAGAAGAAGAGGAAAUGCUCCAGAAAAAGUUUGCGAAGCUAAGGAAGAAGAAAAAGAUGAUUCAGCAACUAAGACAGAGCAAAACAAAUCCUCAAACCCCAACAACUCCCCAACCAAAGGCUACAAAGAGACCUGCUGAAACAAGUCAAGAGGAUGCAAGGGAACUUGCCAAGAAGGUGCUAGCAGCUCAGCACUCCAAAUCAAACAAGCCUGAGAAUAAAGAGAAGGGUUUCAAGAGGUCUCGCAACCUAGAAAGACAACGAAAUCAAGACAAGCCUGUCAGUGCUGCACCCUCUUACAAACCCUUUGAUGAUCAUAAAUCGGGUCUGAGGGGUGCCAAUGAACAAUCUUCAUCACCCAGUGUCGACUCUUCUAAAAAGAGUCUCUAUGACAGUUUUGUGAGCAGUGGAACUCUUGAGGAUGAGAAACGUGGCUUCAAUCAAGAAGGUGGUAAAAAGCAAGGACACACAAUCUUUGUAACUUCUCCUGAGAUCAGCGAGGAUCUGUGUAAGCAAGCCUUCAGCAGGUUUGGUACGAUGGCCAACGUCUCACUGGAAGUAGAAAGAAAACGUGCCUUCAUCACAUUUGAUAAAAUGGAGGACGCAGACAAGGCCAUUGAAGAGAUGAACGGUACCAUGGUGAAUGGAAUGACGGUCAGAGUAGCCAUGGCCAGGAGACAGCCUUCUCUAGAAGCAGUCCAGAAUAACACCAACUCACCCUGGACCAAGAUAGCUGGUGGGAUCACCAAGACAAGACCAAAGGACAGUAGAGAAGUAGUGGUGUAUGAUAACGAUGACCCAUUCGCAUAAGAGAUGUAAGACAAUGAUGACCCGUUCGCAUAAUAGAUAUAAGACAAUGAUGACCCUUUUGCAUAGGAAAGAUUUUCACCGAAUGCCAGGAUGACAAAGAAUAAUGAUAUACGGCAAUGAUGAGCCGUUCGCAUAAGGGAGAUUAUCACCAAAUGCUAGGAUGACAGAGAAAAAUGAUAUAUGACAAUAAUGAGCCAUUCGCAUAAGGGAGAUAAUCAUUGAAUGUGAUGGGCUAUGGCAGGAGAGAAGUAGUGGUUGUAUACCAGUUCGAUGUUUGGACUUGUGAAGAUGCAGAUCAUCACUUUGAUUUUCAAAAUCUGUUGAUCCAAAUCAUUCGACCGUCGACCAAUCAAUUACAAAAUUACAGUUAUCUCUUAUGUACAGCAUUGUGAAUUGUGAUUGACAAUCAGUUUAUUGUUGCCUGGCGAUCAUGUACAUGUGAUCGUGCAUUUAAGAUGUUAUUUGAACAUUCAGUUUCAGAACGUGAUUGUUCUACAUAUGCUCCGUCAUAAGAUAAUUUGUCACCAGUUUUUCAUUUUGGAACCAGAUUCCGAACCCUAGACCCAUCACUACAGUAUAUCAAUCAUAACCCUUGGCCUAAUCUAAAACCAGAUUGCAACUGUCACCUUAAACCCAGUAUUUUUUAUGAAAUAGAUAAAGAGUGCAGAGCAAUUAUCGCUGAAGCAUGUGCUGAAUAACUAGGAAUACCAGCCCGUGAGUGGAGAUGGUGCACAUAUUCAUUGUGUGCUUGAAAUCUAAUGGAUAGCAUCACGAUCGGUAAAGCACUAUAAGUUCGAAAAAUUGAAGUAUGAAGUGCUUUACAAAUGUCAUUUGUAAGCUGUCUUGAAUUUAGGGUAAAAUACUUAGCCAAAAGCUUCAACUCAUCAAUACCAAAUUUAGUAUUUUAUCUACUGUAAGUAAAAUACUCAUAUUCCUGACAUAGAUACGGAACUGAAUACCUUCCCCGGAUCUUGUCCUGCCUUGUACAAUUGUGCAUUUGUCACAGCUUCUGUCCUCCUCUCAUCACUAUGUGGGAGGGUUGGUUGGUUAUAGUGUUAGAGUUUACUCUUCAAGAAAUCAUUUCAUGAUUUUCGGUGUUUGGAAGGGAAAAAUGAAACCCCAUGAUAUAAUUUAGUGAAAUUAAUGCAAUAUGAGAUGUAAGACGUUCAUAUAGAAAAUACCAGUGUUGAAAUGCUGAUAGGUAUUUUUGAGCAUAUAUUCAUAAUGUGCUUGUAGUUAUUGUAAGAAAUGUACAUUGUUGUUUCAUGUAUGUAAAUAAAUAAAUGUAGAAAGUAUCACCUG